UUUUGCGAGUGAUGGAAGACACUGCCUCUUCAGACCGGUGCCCCAAAAAUAAUAAAUAAGUAACUAAGAAUUCAGAACUGAGAACGGAACAGCAAUAAUAGCAACAAUUAAGAGCAGACACUCGGUGAUUUUCACUAGAUGCUCGCCUAAAUUGGUAUUUUAUUUGCGAUUCUCAUUAGCUGGCGGCGAUUGAUUCAGUUGCAUUCAGUCGUUAAUCGGUGAUUGCUGUUAAUCGUGUUAUUGUUGUUCUGCGCAAUAAAUUGAUUGCCAUCGAUAUUCUUUGCUUUGUUUUUGUACAAGUGCAGUGAGAAAAGUGCUAAACAAAUAGACGAAUAAAAACAGGAAGCUACACUUUUUGGCACUGCGUCGUCCAUUUUGUCUGUUGUGCGUGUGCCAGUGUGUGUGUGUGUGUGUGUGCGAGUCUGUUUCCGGUCCAGUCAAUCAACAGACUUGCUUGUAUUUUGCACUCGUAUUUGGCCAAAAGGACGCAGGACAAUAAUAGCCUUAAAUCUGCCGAAUCAAAGCGAAACGAAACGAAGCGAAAUAAAUAGGAAAGGAAAAACGCGCGCGCAACAGACGCCACGCCCCCCGCCCCCAUCGACGUCCUCCUGCUGCUCACGAGCGGAAGCAAAACAAAGGGAAAACAGGACAGCAGGCGAAAAGGAAGCGAAAGCAGAACAAUAGCAACGCAUAUGAGCUGAACGGCAGGAUAUAACCCCCAAAAAAAACGACCAAUUUGCGCAACCAAAAGUCUUGAGUAUUCAACUGCUGCUGCAAACCGUAUGACUGAUUUUUUCAAUUUGAUCAAAGCCUAGCGAUUACCUCCCUAAGAACUUUAUACCAGCUUACAAAUACGAACAUAUACACCCGGAUAUCCAUUUGCAUAUUUGAAUGGCACAGCAAUAGCUUCGAUUACCUAGGAUUUACUAUUACUAUAAAGCGCUAGCGAACGAUUUCCAACUCCCCAUACCGUAGAUCGUGAAUCACACAGUAUCUACAUAUAUACAAAUAUAUAUAUCUGAUCCGAUAAAUAGGAAGGAGGAUCGGGAGUGAGCGUGCAGAGCGAGGGGUGAGGAAUGCAGCGGUGUCCCUACAUUCAUGAGAUGCGCGAAAGAUUACUGGACCAGCCGCGGGAGACACUUCAACUGGAGAACAUGGAGCGGGCCAAUCUGCUCGACAACCGCCAAUCGGCAUCCGAAUCGAACCAGCUGCAGGGCGAUGGCUAUCACACGAGUCCUGCCCACCAGCGUACUCCACUAGUGCCGCACGAUCUCGGCGAGGACUUCAAUUUGGAUUUCGACGACGACUUCCCGAUCGAUGCGCGCCGACCGAAAAAUGCCAACGACAAACAUCCAGCGGUUCUCACGCGCCCACAGCAAAGGGUUUGCUACACGUUCAAGCCAAAUCCAAAUAAGUACAGUUUUAUGCCAGCGAAAAUAACGGUACAGGGCACAUACGAAACCAAUCCGAUAACGGGACCCAUCGAACUAUGGACAUCGCUGUUCAUCGUGACCAGUCUGGUGUACGCGAUCCUUCUGAUCGUCGUGUGCAUUGCGUACGUAAUCAGCGAUGUAACCACCCACCGACUGCCGGUUUUGUACUACGAGACAUUCUUCACAUAUCUAUACGGCGUCAGCAUACUCUUCCUUCUCUACGUCUUCUGUUUCCUGCUGCAGGAGAGCUCUUGCUGCAAUGGCGGCAAUGGUGGCAGCAAACCGAAACCCCAGCCCAAGGAGAAGAAGUCGAAGAAAGCCAAAAAUGCCGAUCCGGCCGAUUCGAAGGAUGCGAAGGGCUCUAAGGACUCCGGCAAGGCAGCCAAGGGCGCCGCAUAUCAGCACACACUGGCCAAGUUUCUGGAAGCACCCGUGGACGCCGAGGUGGCCGUCACCCCAAAGAAUGUGCGCAAGCGCAAGACAACCCAUAGUGAUCUGACGCACGGCAGCUUCUUCCUGCGAGUGGGAGCCAUUGCUUUCGGAUUGGGCGCCAUGAUCUAUAUUGGCCUGGAGUUUGGAUCGUUCUUUGAGAUACCCUUCGAUUCGCCGUGCCAUCACAUCCUGAUCGGCGUGAAUCCGCUGCUCCAGAUGAUCUUCACCUUCAUGCAGAUGUACUUCAUAUUCAUGAAUGCCCGGCUGAACAUCCAUCGCUUCAAGGUGAUCGCCCGCUUUGGCCUGAUGCACGUGGUGGCCACCAACAUUUGCGUGUGGAUCCGCACCCUGGUUAAGGAGUCGCUGCUGGAGAUCACGAUCUACCAUCAGAAGAACGAGCCGGAGGCCGGCGCCUCGUCCAUAGCCCACUCGAUCCGUCAGCACGCCCUGCGGCACGCGGGCACCGUGCUGCGCACCCAUGCGGGACCCAACAGCGAGUUCGAGGUGCUCGACGGCGAGGACAUUCUGCCCAAGGAUGUGUACAAGAGCGACAAUGUGCUGUCCAAGCUGGUGCGCAAUACCGUCGAUGGUAUUUCGAAGAGCCUGGGCAUGGGCGGUGACCAGGCGCUAGCCAGCAGCACCACCAGCAGCACCACGACGACCACGCGGGCUCCGUUCACCACACCGAACUACCAAUGGCACAGCACUACUAUGGCCCGCAAGCUGAAGAAGUUUAUCACCAGCGCCACCACCGCGGCCACAACGGCGGCGGGCAGCAGCAGCACCGGCAGCAGCACCACCACCAUCUCACCGACCACCAGUAGCACCACCAUUCCGUCGACCACCAUCAGUAGCACCACCAUCUCAUCGAGCACCACAUUCAGUCCAUUUAGCCCAUCCACCACCACCACCACCGCUGCCGCCCUGAAUCUCGAGACCAGCGGCAGUGAAUCGCCCUUCGGCGGCCUGCAGCGCAUCCUCUCCAGCGCUGCGCCGCCGAGCCUGGCGCCAGUCGAUGGGUUCGGUUCCGCUUCCGCUGCCACGCCCACAUCCGGUUCCGGCGCCGGCUCAUUCGUAGACUCCUUCCUGGCCAGCACACUGAGCCCGGCCAGCAGCACCGAGGGCUCGGCCAGCAUCAUGAACAACCUCUUCGGCCAGGGACCCAUGGAGAACAGCUUCCAGACAUACACCGAUCUGGGCCACGAGGAGGCCACCGGUCUGGUGAGCUUCGAGAAUCUGGAGAGUCUGGACAACAUAUACCCGGCGGCGCUGUCCUCCAAUAUCGGCACACUCAACUCCACCGCCUGCGGACGCAUCGACAUAAUGGGCACCAUUGUCUACGAUUCGGCGCCCUACCUCUAUCCGUUCAUCAUCGAGUAUUCGCUGAUCGGGGCGGUGGUGUUGUAUGUCAUGUGGAAGCACAUCGGCCGCUAUCCGGGCCGGAUGAACGACGAGGAUCUGGAGCAUCGGCUGGAGGUGAUGCUAUCGCGGCGGGCGGUUGCCAUGGCGCAGCAGGCGCGAUCCGGACGCGUCGACUGCGUCGGCUCGUCGAAGGGCCUGUUCUUCGGGCUCCUGCUGCUGGUCGGGGCCCUCAUCUGCCUGAUACUCUUCUUCGUCUUGGUGCGCCAUCAGCAGUUCUCGCUGUUGGCCAUUUACCUCGCCGACGCCAGCCACUGCAUCCUGAUGGCGUUCGCCAUUCUGGCCAUUAUUGUGGGAUUCAUCAGGGUCAAGAACCUGAAGUUCCGCUGCGAGGAGCAGUCUAACCUGAACGACAUCUUGCUGCGCAUCUCGGCCUUCGGCCUGUUCACCUACUCCGUGUUCAGCAUCAUCGCCGGCAGCCUGAAGGUCCUGGAGAGCGAGCCCAGCCUGCUGGUCACGACCACCGGCGGUGUGGCCGUCUUCCAGGUGAUCCUGCAGCUGCUGUUCAUCGCGGACGUGUCCCGCCGUCGCGUCCACCUGCCGGAGCACGACCGGAGCAAGCCGGGCCGCCAGAUCGUCACGUUCCUUCUCAUCUGCAACGUGGCCAUGUUCGCCAUCUACACAUUCGAAGCUCAAAAAGUAUUCGCCAAUCCUGUUCAGCUGGAGUUCUACGGCUUCGUGCCCUGGUCGAUCAUCCAGCGCAUCACACUGCCGCUGUGCAUCUUCCAUCGAUUCCACAGCGCCGUGACACUCGCCGAGAUCUGGAAGACCACCUACAAGGCACGCCUGGAGUAAGGCGGUGUCUGGAUUCCGAUGUCUAUAUAGGCCGAUGAUGGGUGGGAGUUAUGAAAAUGCACCAAAACCAAAAUGUAGCGAGCCCAGAACGCGAACGGAAAUCAAGUGAAGAGUUAGGUUCUAAUUACGUACUAAACAUAUAUGCAUACUACAUAUAAUAUAUACAUUAGUGCAGAUAUGUACGAGAGCAUAUUAUGACUUUUUUUGUUUGAGGAAACCAAAGCGAAACGAAAUGAGUAACGAAACGAACGAAUCAAUCGGACCAAUCUGCGCGAUUAACAAUUAACGAUUGCCAACCGAUAACGAUAGCAGGUCGCUUGUUCAUUUCACUCCACCAUUACCACACUUUUCUUUUUUACUUUGUUAACUCGUGGAGAACUUAAGAACCUAAGAUCUAAGUCAUAGCGUUUACAGUUUAACGGAAAACUUAGAACCGAAAACCACGGCACAUGUUUUUAAUCUGAUU